AUGUUAGUGCUUGCAAUUGGGGGUUCCUUCAUUCCUACAAGAGCUUGCAAAUUGCCUCCACAAUUCAUCAAACUACUUAAAAGGUCACUGGCUUCUUCAAAUGGUAUUGAGCAUGUUAUCUGUCUUGGGAAUAUGAAUGCCAGCGUGGCAACGUUGAAAUUCUUGAAAGAUAUCUCCUCAAACUUACAUUUGGUGAAAGGCGAAGAAGAUGACAUUGGUAUUUUGACUCAACAAUUACUGGAACUCAAAGGCGAAGAGACUGUCAUUCCUUUAUACAAUGUGAUAUCCGUUGACAAGCUCAAAAUAGGAUUCACUCUGGGCAUUCAAACCGCCCCGAAAAAUGACCCACUCGUAUUGCUGACGAUAGCUCGAGAUUUAGAUGUUGAUAUUUUGUUAUGGGGGGGGUUACAUAAGAUUGAAGCCUACACGAUGGAUGGAAAAUUCUUCGUUAAUCCUGGUUCCGCCAGCGGCGCUUUUACUUUCGAACUCCCUGAAUAUGAGUUGGAUGAUGAGAAAACAAGCAAGACUCAAGACUCAAACUCAAUUGAUGAGAAACCUCCACAUGCCACAGAUGAAGCCAGUACCACUGACGAUGUGUCACAUUCAGAACUGGGUGGUAGCAAUGAGAAGAACGAUUUGGAAGAUCAUCUGGAGAAUAAUUUCCUGCUGAAUAACACCAGUGACAGCCUUGAUGACACCAAAACACCUAAGAGGCCGAAUGUUGUCGCCUCGACUUCCAAAGAAGAUCCUGAGCCCAACGUAGUAGAAUACGAAGAAAGCCUCGAUUUUGAAAGAAUCUAUGCGGAUACCGAAAAUGUGCCUUCCUUUUGCAUCUUAGAUGUGCAAGGUACAACUUGUGAUCUAUACAUAUACACUUGCUUAGAAGGCAACGUUAAGGUUGAUAAAGUCGUAUAUCAAAAGUAA